UUUCUGAAUGGACAUGAUAUAACGGUUCUGGUGAAUCUAGAUUAAUGAAAGUGAUUUAAACAAAGUGUGCAUACGAGAUUAACAGUUCAUAAUGCGGUAUAAAAGUGAUCCAUCCGCUGGCGAAAGGCAGCAGACGCCAUUUCGCCAUGAGACUGUUCGCAGUGAUUUUUUGGAUAGGCUGGGCCUUUGCCCAAGCGACUGCCAAGAGUUCGGCCGCAGAGUCGGCAAGAUUGUUAGCCUCCCUCCAAGCAGCUCCGGCUCCAGCGCCAGCACAAAGUGUGAUCUACAAAUUGCCACCGCAGCACUAUUACCAACCACCUCCUCCACCUCCCCCGCCUCCACCACCGCCGCAGCACUGCAAUUGUCCACCGGGGCCACCAGGGCCUCCGGGUCCACCUGGCUUGCCAGGAAUUCCCGGUCAGCAGGGGCCAAAGGGGCAUAGUGGCUCUAAGGGCGAACGCGGGGAGAAGGGAGAGCGUGGACAUUAUGGACUACCUGGACCUCCUGGGCUGCCGGGACCCAUCGGCCCACCAGGAAUACCCGGUCCACCUGGUCACAAAUCGAAAAAUGAUCACCACGAUCACCAUGAUCACCAUGAUCACCAUGAUCACGAUCAUCACAGUCAUCAUCACCAUCACUCGCACCCAGCACCGGCACCACCGCCACCGCCACCGCCACCACCACCUCCUCCACCUCCACCUCCACCACCACCUCCUCCUCCUCCUCCACCACCACAUCAUCACCAUCACCAUCCACAACCACCACCAAUCAUUCCGCCUCCAAUUAUAGUUCCCGUUCCGUUGCCCCCACCUCCACAGAAAGGAGGCCACCACCACCAUCACAAGGGAUCCAAGGGACCCCCAGGACCACCAGGUCCUCCGGGAAUGGGACCACCUGGUCCUCCAGGACCUCCAGGCAACACCUAUCCUCCUCCACCACCUCCUCCUCCUCCUCCACCGCCACCUCCAGCAGCAUAUCCACCGUAUCCGUAUCCCCCUCCCGCACCAUAUCCAGGACCAGGACCUCAAAUCCCAUGGAUUCCCGUUCCAGUGCCAGUGCCAUGGCCGUCAAAGGGUAAUAAGGGAGACAAGGGACACAAAGGAGGACACAAGGGUGACAAGGGUGGACACCAUCACCACUAUUAUCCACCACCACCACCUAAUAAGGGCGGCCAAUAUCCAUAUCCACCCUACGACGGUGGACAUGGAGGUCACAAUCAGCCAGGACCAUAUCCUCCACCUUAUCCACCACCUUAUCCACCGCAUUAUCCACAUGACGGAGACAAAGGACACCACCAUCACCAUCAUCCCUCCCAUAAUCAUGGAAAUGAUGGCCACAACCAUCAUCGCCCUUCCCAUAACCAUGGAAAUGAUGGACACAACCAUCAUCACCCUUCACAUAACCAUGGAAAUGAUGGACAUAACCAACAACAUCCGUCCCACAAUAACGGAGGGCAUAAUCAUCACCAUCAUACGUCUCCCAGCCAUCAUCAUCAUCAACCACCGCCCACCGAUGGAACUCAUGGUAAUGGAGAACAUAAGGGAGGAACUAAACCAAUGAAGCCCGAGAGCAGUGGAGAGCAACAUCCCCGCGAUGAUCCGAACUUGCUGGAUGAAGAUGUGGAGAUCGUUGAGAACAUAAUAGAUGAUUCUGACUUCAUGGAGGGUGAGGAAGAAACUCCCUAUGAGCCCAAUGACUUCGAAACAGAAGCCGAGGAAGCAGGUUAUAUUAGUUACUUAGAUAACACAGUGGAGAAUCCAACAUCUCCUGAUUCCGUUGAAGAAGUGAUUGAAGAAGAUCAAAAUUUCGGUAUGGAUAACUAUUACGAGCCAGAAAUGGAGGAAGAAUUAGUAGAGGACGAACCCAUAAUGGAGGAUCAGAUGGACAACGCUGAUAUGUUGGAAGAUAACCAAGCUCUUGAGGAAGAGAUCAUCGAGGAGCGAACUAACAAAGGUCCAAUUAUCCUGGCCAUUGGAACUCCAAGAAAUCCCUUUCACAUUUAUGCCUAUGAACAGUAUAACUCCAAAACAAGCCAAUGAUAAAC